AAAAAAUUACGUUUGAAAGUCGUUGUGAAACGUUAACGAUAUUUUAGCAAUUUUCCCAGUAAACAAUUUAACAUUUGAAAAAAAAUACUAUUUAUUACGCUGGAUUACCAAAUAACUAAUCUGUUUGCAAUCUGCUUUUAUCGAUGUGUCAAUAACAUCGAAAAAACAUCACUUUAGUUGAUGUUAAUUGUGGUAGUUGGCCACAAGUUUUGCUAGGAAGUUACAAAAUUCCCUGUUACAAAAUGGAUGAUUUUCUAAAAAUUGAGAAGAUUGGUGAAGGUACUUAUGGUGUGGUGUACAAAGGGAAAAAUAAAAUAACUGGGCAGUUUGUGGCCAUGAAGAAAAUCCGCUUGGAGUCUGAAGACGAAGGCAUUCCUUCAACAGCCAUCAGGGAGAUUUCGCUUCUUAAAGAGCUGAACCACCCAAACAUAGUGAAAUUGGAAGAUGUACUGAUGGAAGAAAGCCGCCUGUACCUCAUCUUCGAGUUCCUCUCCAUGGACUUGAAGAAAUACAUGGAUUCUCUUGGAUCGGGGAAAUUCAUGGACCCGACAGUAGUGAAGAGCUACUUGUACCAGAUUAACAAUGCCAUCCUCUACUGCCACCAGAGGAGGAUCCUUCACCGAGAUCUCAAACCACAGAACUUACUUAUUGACAAGACUGGAAUCAUUAAGGUGGCUGACUUUGGUCUGGGGCGAGCCUUUGGAGUGCCAGUGCGUGUGUACACCCAUGAGGUGGUCACUCUCUGGUACAGAGCUCCUGAAGUCCUACUUGGCAGUCAGAGAUAUUCCUGCCCCAUAGACAUGUGGUCAGUGGGAUGCAUAUUCUCAGAGAUGUCCUCAAAGAAACCUCUCUUCCAAGGAGACUCUGAGAUUGAUCAACUUUUCCGCAUAUUCAGAAUGCUCCGUACUCCCACUGAGGACAUCUGGCCAGGUGUGUCUUCACUGCCAGACUACAAGCCCACCUUCCCCAACUGGACUUCAUUCAACCUUCAUAAUCACGUGCAAAACCUAGACGAAGUUGGCAUGGAUCUACUGCAAAAGAUGUUAGUCUAUGACCCGGUGAAGCGUAUCUCAGCGAAGGAUGCGCGCAGGCACCGAUACUUCCGCGACGUGAACCUCCCGCCCGGACUCAAGCACCACUCCGCAUACAUCCGCUACCAGCCAGAUUCGCAGGAAGACGACUGCACCGUCCAAAGCGUAUAGUACAUAAUACAUCAAUAUGGACAUCACUUGCGCUUCACAUGCGCUACGCAGUCAGGUUGUACAAAGAUUAGCGAUGCGCAACAACCCAAGAGUCAUAUUUAACUACACGAUUUUUAAUAAUGGCUAUGGCUAAGCAAAUUGACAACACUAGUCAUAUUUGACUACUCUCUCCUCCAUGAAAAAGUUAAUAUAUUCGGUAUUGUGCAUCGCUCAGUCAAAAGCGAUAGUUUGGACCAUGUUUGCAGUCUACGAUUGCUGAAGGCCUGUCCUAGAACACAGCGCAUUUAUUUAUCUCGUACAUUUUCGGUCAAUAUUUAUUACUUAUCUAUGUUCUUGGUAUUUAUAAACAUGGGCAUUUUAUAGAAACCGUAGUCAUAAUUUCCUUCAGAAAGAUUAGUUCGAUAUUUUACUGUGUUACUCUGAAAUCAAAUGAUAACAAGUUUAUCAUAUUUCUAGUGCAUCUAGAGACGUAACACAAUGUCAGGACACUGGCAUCUUGUUACUCAUCCUAAUUAUUUUCUCCAGUCUCCUCUCUCGAAUUAUUUCUUCCUCCAAAUCUUAAUAGUGCCAGAAUCUCCUAAUAUUUUAAUUUAUAUCGAGACUGAACUUUCGUAAUAUGUAUCCAACCAAAAUAUUUUGAUUAAUCAAAUUGUGCCUGUGAUUAAAGCAAUAAUUAAUAUGAUUCGAUAAAAUUACUCCAUGAAACAUGUGGCCUUCAAAUUGUGUAUCGUAAUCGUAGUGUAAAUAAAAUGUUUAGCGGAAUUAUUUUGUAAGCGUCGUCGGCUAGGGUUAUUUUUGUAGUUUUACGUAUUUUUAUAUGCAUGGUAUUGUCGCUAGGUUCUAGAGAGCGUGGUACGUUAGCUAGGAAUUUGGGCCUGAUUGGUGUCUCAAAUACACCAAGACUUGGCUCUCGAAGCGAAAGUUAAAUACCAAGGCACCCUGUAUGAUGAUCAAACACACUAAUUUCCAAAAUUAGUGUUGUGUUUACUUAAUAUAUGUGGUGUACUAUUUCUUCUCUUCUCAAAUAGAAUUUUCCUAAUUUGUCUUUUUUAACUUAGAGGUUGAAUUCCAGUGUUGUUAUAAAUAUUGUAUUGAAUGGUAGCCUCGUGCCGGUCUUGCGAGUUUUUAGUUUUCUAACACAGUGGUCGAAUCUACAACCUUUAACAUAUGAAACUGACUGUAAAUAUCGCGAUCUGAAAUAUUGUGCCACAACAUUCAAUAACUUUAACAAUUGGGAUUUUUGAUCACUGUGUUGUUUUCAAGGACAUUAUUUUGGUUUGUAAUAGCUCAACAAAAUAAAUAAUAAAGGGUUCCUCUUGUUCUUUAAAGUUAAUUAAAAUAGUGUUCAUUAAAUGUUGUUAUCCUGGUGCUACUUUAAUAAAAUAGUAUAUUUUUGUAAUGUAAUUAUGACCAGAAUAUAUUUUAUUUUUUCAUCACUACUAGCCUAGUCACCACUUAUGAAGAUGUUAUCUAAGAGUAAGGGAAGAACUAUAAUCCUUAUCCAAGCUUCAUAGUUUAUGGCCAUCCAUAUGAGAAAUCAGUGUUUAUUUUGCUGAGCUAUUAACAUGCCGAUAUAUUAUUAUGAAUAAUGAAUGAAUUGCAUUGAUUUAGGUAUUAUCUUAAUUAUUGAAGUAAUUAAAUUUUAAUAAUAAGUUUUUAUAAUGACGUUUUAUUUUACCCACACGGAAAGUAACAAUAAGAAAAUACAGUGAAAUCAACACUUUAUUACAAAACAAUUCUAUUUACAUUAUUGCUAUCUGUUCACAAUGAAAUAUAUCUUAUAUACAUUUAAAUAAUAGCUAAAUUGCUAUGUAUAAUCACAAAGUACACUUAUUCUAGUAUUGCUGAACCUAACGACUACUUGUACACAUAAAUUCAAACAUACAGAUUUAAAAACUGCGGUCUAAUAUAUUCAGGCACCAGUGCAAUAAGACUUUCUCUAUUAAUUACUACUUAUUAUAAC